AUGUCUGCUGAGAAGAGACCGGCGGAUGACGAGCUUGGUGCAAGCCAGAUGAUCGUGAAGCGUCAGAAUGUGGGAUCUUCAACAGGAGCUUUGGCAAGGCUCAACGCCUCGGGAAAGAGCAGCGCGUUAGUGCAGACGACACCGCGCACGAGCAACCUGCAGGCACCGGUCAUGGAACUAUCUGGUCACGCGGGCGAGAUCUUUGCUGCGAAAUUCGACCCAACGGGCAAUUUUAUUGCCUCAGGAUCUAUGGACAGAAGUAUUUGUCAGUUUAAAUCCCUUCUGUAUCACUGGGGCGGUGAAACUAAUUCGCGAGCAGUGUUGUGGCGAACGUACGGUGAUUGCGAAAACUACGGCCUUCUCAAUGGCCAUCGAGGCGCAAUCUUAGAUCUGCAAUGGUCGAGAGACUCCAAAAUAGUUUUCUCGGCUUCGGCAGACACGCAUCUGGCAAGUUGGGACCUCGAGAAUGGAACAAGAAUACGAAGAUACAUCGGCCACGAAGAGAUUGUCAAUACCGUGGACCUGAGCAAACGAGGCGAAGAUAUGCUAGUCAGUGGAAGUGACGAUGGCUCCAUCGGGUUGUGGGAUCCGAGAUCAAAGAACGCUGCAGACUACAUUCAGACGGAAUUUCCCAUCACGGCCAUUGCCAUGUCGGAGGCUGGAAACGAGGUCUACACGGGAGGCAUCGACAAUGACAUCAAAGUUUGGGACCUGCGCAAAAAAUCGGUUGUGUACUCGAUGCUGGGACAUCAAGAUACGAUCACUUCACUCAGAGUCUCUCCAGACUCUCAAUCCUUGCUUUCAUAUGCCAUGGACUCUACAGUGAGGACAUGGGACAUUCGGCCAUUUGCCCCGACCGAUAGAGCCAUUAGAACGUUCGACGGCGCUUCCAUGGGCCUUGAGAAGAACCUCAUCAAGGCUAGCUGGGAUUCUGAAGGCAAGAAGGUAGCUGUUGGGUCCGGAGACGGUACUGCAACUAUCUGGUCUAGUGAGACUGGAAAGCUCAUGUAUAAGCUUCCGGGGCACAAGGGAACCGUCAAUUGCGUCGAGUUCGCGCCCGGAACGGAGCCCAUCGGUGAGCAUCCUCUCCUUACACGAUGCAAGUGA